AUGGAACCAAUAACUGCACAUAAUUCCCUUACUGAAAGUACAAAGUUUAACUUGCCAACUUCAAAUGAAGAUUCUGACUUUACUCAGAAAAAUAAUCAUAUUGCUUACAUUGCAUUUGGCUCCAAUGAAGGUAAUCAAACUAGAAACAUCAAUGAAGCGUUAGAUUAUUUGGAAACAGCCAAAAUUAAUGUUGUAUCUACAUCUUCCUUAUAUAUAUCUAAACCAAUGUAUUACAAGGAUCAACCGGAUUUUUUCAACGGAGUUGUUAAAGUUUCGUUCAAGGAUCUUUCUCCACAUGAUUUAUGGAAGAAGGGUAAAGAAAUCGAAUAUAAACAUAUUAAUCGAGCCAAAAAAUUUGACAAUGGACCGAGAUCAAUCGAUUUGGAUAUUUUAUUGUACGAUGAUAUUAUUUUCAACACCAACGAUUUGAUUAUUCCUCAUAAAUCCAUGCUGGAAAGAUCAUUUGUCUUGCAACCUUUAUGUGAAUUACUUAGUCCCGAUAUUUUGCAUCCAGUCAGUGCCGAACCUUUCCAUCACCAUUUGGCUCAGUUAUUAGCUGCCGAGUCAAAUGAAACACUUCAAGAGUCAUCUAAUCUUUUACAAAUUAUUCCAGUUCCACGAUUAGAACUAGACUAUAAUAGGAAUCCUUUGAAAUUCGACCAAUUGAAAUACAAUCAGCAGACAUUGAUCAUGGGUAUUCUGAAUAUAACUCCUGAUUCGUUUAGUGAUGGUGGUGACAAUUUUAAUGUUAGUGCUGCAGAGAUAGAAGCCACUGCUUCAAGAUUAAUAGAGGAAGGCGCUACUAUAUUAGAUAUUGGCGGUGUUUCGACAAGACCGGGUAGUGUUGCUCCAAGUGAAGAAGAAGAACUGAAGCGGGUUUUACCUGUUGUCAAAACUAUCAGAGAAUCAAAAAAUGAAAAAUUAUCAACAUGUCUUAUUUCCAUUGACACUUAUAGAGCUAAAGUUGCUCAGGAAUGUUUAGAAGCUGGUGCUGAUAUUAUUAAUGAUAUUUCAAUGGGAUUAUAUGAUCCUCAAAUGUUUGAUGUUGUUGCCAAGUAUCAAUGUCCGUAUAUAAUGAAUCAUACACGAGGCACACCCGAGAUAAUGUCUACGUUAACUAAUUACGAGUCUAACACCAAUGAAGAUAUAAUUGAAUACAUAGUUGAUCCUUUAAACCCUUCGUAUAAAAUCGAGAAUUGUGAUCCACAAGUCACCAAUUUAAUUAACGGAGUAUCUCGAGAAUUGGGAUUACAAAUAUUGAAAAGUUUUACAAGAGGUGUAAGAAAAUGGCAGAUCAUAUUAGAUCCAGGUAUUGGAUUUGCUAAGAAUUUAUCACAGAACUUAAGUAUCAUCAAAUACGCUUCGAAUUUCAAAAAAUACUCCAUAAUGGUUAACGAACGUGGUGAAGAAGAUGUUGAACAUUUUUACUUAAGUUUCAAUGGUUUAGCCAGUCUUUUCGGUCCUUCCAGAAAGAAGUUUUUGGGUACUAUUUGUAAUGAACCUGUUGCACGUGACAGAGUUAUCAGCACUGGAGCAGCUGUCAUGGCAUGCAUACAACAAAACACUGAUAUCGUGAGGGUUCAUGAUGUCAAGGAAAUGAAAAAAGUUGUGCAAAUGGGUAAUGCCAUCUAUAAGAAUAUUUAUUAA